AUGCCGGACUCACUAAACAGAUUCGAUAAAGAAACACAAGAAAUUAUAAGUCAAUGGUUUAAUAACGCAAAUAAUAAUAAUAAUGACAACCCUGAAGUAGAAUAUACUUAUAUCGAUACAAUGUUGCUAGUAAUAGAGUGGAAUGAUGCUGGGUUACAAAAUCGAAAUGUUCAAAAAACCAAUGUGGUUGCUACUGAAGACAUCGUAAGUGAACUUAGGGAGUUAUAUUUUCAAAGAAAUCGUGCAUCGUUGGGCAGAGUUUACGAAGUACAUGCCACCAAAAAAGGCGUGUUCGAAAUCAAGGAAUAUCGUAAAGUGUUUUAA